GUUGUUCCAGUAGCUUCGAUGUUGACUCCCAAUCAAUUUGAAGCUGAACUGUUGACAGGGUUCAGGAUUCAGUCUGAAGGAGAUGGCCGGAAAGCCUGUAACCUUCUUCAUGAUGCUGGACCUUCAAAGGUUGUAAUUACUAGCAUAAGUAUAGAUGGCAGUCUCUUCCUAAUAGGCAGCUAUCAAAAAGAAAAGGGACAGCCUCCCAAACAAUUUAAGAUCGUGAUACCCAAAAUUCCAGCUUAUUUCACAGGAACAGGGGAUCUCAUGACUGCUCUUCUUCUUGGUUGGAGCAAUAAAUACCCGGAUAAUCUUGAGAAGGCUGCAGAACUUGCGGUAUCAAGCCUGCAGGCACUUUUGCAGAGGACAGUCAAUGAUUACCGAAGAGCUGGACAUAAUCCUCAGUUAACCAGCUUAGAGAUCAGAUUAAUUCAAAGCCAGGAUGAUAUUCGUAGCCCCCAAGUCCUAUUUAAAGCUGAAAUAUACAAUUAAAUUGGUGAUAUGACCGCCUACGAUAUGUGAUCUUUGCUUCUC